AUGUCCGCGAUUAUAGAUGACAAGGUUGUCGCAGGUGCAAAGGGCUCAAACACCGUUAAGGAAGAUCCGAUCGUGGCGUUGACGGAAAGGGUGAACGCUUUGUAUUUUUUCCGGGAUCGCUAUUUCGAGACGCAUUCUAUCGACGAGGCGAUAAAGAAGAACAGUGACGUGGAGAGGGAGAUGAAGGACACGUUGAGCAAGUUCGACGAGUGUAAAGGAUAUGAGAUUGACGGUUCACGCGCAAAUUACUAUUACUUAAAGGGCAAAGCUCUGAACGUUGUGGAUCGUUUCAUUCCGCAGGCAGAGGAACUAUUGAGCAAAGCUGUGAAAUUGGAACCGAAAUUGAUAGAGGCUUGGAAUGAAUUGGGAGAAUGUUACUGGAAAAAUGAUGAUAUGCUGCAAGCGAAGAACUGUUUCAUCGGUGCCCUGCCACACGAUAGAAAUAAAGUGUCUCUUCGAAAUUUAUCAAUGGUACUUAGACAAGAGCAGACUUCGUCUGUGGAACAGCGAAUAAAAAAUAUUCAGCAGGGUGUGGAAUAUGCCAAAGAGGCUGUCAGCCUGGACACAACAGACGGCAUAUCCUGGGCCAUAUUGGGAAAUGCUUAUUUGUCUUCCUUCUUUACAGUGGCGCAAAGUCCAACUACCUUACGUCUGUGUAUGUCAGCAUACAUGCAAGCAGAAAAAGAUAUCAUUGCCAGAAGUAAUCCUGAUUUGUUUUAUAACAAGGCGGUAGCCUUGAAAUAUCAGGAAGAAUAUAACUUAGCUUUACGUUCGUUCGAAAAUGCGAUGGCGCUGGAUCCAUUAUGGGAAACCCCGCGUAACAAGCGGGACGAAUUACUACAGUAUCUUAAAGAUAUACAAAAUUCGAUUAAUAACAGCGGAUACGUAAAACCAAAACGACUGUAUCAAAUGAUACGGGCAUUGGAUAUUAAACACUUAGGACCAUACAAGGGUGGAUCGUACACAUCUGGGGAGAAGUCUAUCAAGUUAGACCUAAUUCCAUUGAGAGAAUUAGCUCUCGGACUGAACACGGAGAAAGUCGUGUUUGGAAAGGUGGUUUGUUGGAUACAGGACUCGGAUUGCGUCCCGUUUGCUUUUUGUCUCGUCGAUGAACAAAAGACGUGUAUCGUUGUUACUGUGUAUAAUUUAGCUAAAGGUCGAGGAGUCACGGUCGGAGACUCCGUUGGUAUACCGGAACCUUUUGUCGUACAUCAGAAGUUCUCCUACAUAGACAAUGAUUUCGAUUACAGAUCUAUUCGCAUCGAAACACCGGUCAUACUCGUAGUUAACGGAAGAAAGUUAGGCCGGGAACAGCAAGCCGGCGCGAACUUGCACACCUUCAAAAAAACGGAUUAAGUCUGAGAUGAAGUACGUUGAUCGAGCGACGAGUCACACAGAAGCUGGAGAGGAUGAUUUUCUAUCCUGUCCUUUUUCAACGGCAAAGGUAACACGCGAAAGUAACGCAAAGAAGCUCGUCGGUAUACUUCGUUAUACUUCGGUACAUUGCUUUCCUCAAGUAUACUGCGCGUGGCACGUGAAUUCAAAAUGAAUAUAUCUAUAAAAAGCGUUACAUUGGCAUUAAUCAAAAAUAAUCUGCAGCAUUAUUUAGAGCAUAUAUGCUACGUUAUAACAAUUUUAUAUUUUAUAACAACGUACAAGAGAGAAAGGUACUCACAUGCACGUCUUUGAACCAUCACAUCUUUGAAAUCAACGAAACUAAGGCUAAGACGUACGUGUUAUUGCGAUAUUAUUUGCACAAAAAUUGGCAAACAUCGCUAAUUUACA